UUGAUUCAAAUGUAUCUGUAAUAAAAUGUUCCUCGGCUCGAAUUUAAAAUGAUAGGAACGGCCAUUCUCGCGUUUGACCAAUCAACAGGACAUCGUCAGUUUGUCAGUGCUUUUUGUAACUGUUCGUACGUACGUAUAUUUACAGAUAUCAAUAAUUUAAUAGAAUUGAAAAUAUCGUCGGCGGAUUGACAGGAGUGUCGAAUCUAUCACGUACGUAACGAUACGAUUUAUAACGUUAAAAGUUGCACUGUACCAAGUAUCGUUACGCCACGCAUCAGAAAAAGAGAACUCUCGUUGAGCGAUACCGUUUCUGAAAAAUGAAUUGAUCACCCGACCGUAUGGUAAACGAAGAAAUUGGAACCCGUUACGAACAUGAUCAACGUCGGAAAUACCGGUUUUCGUAACGUCUUCGAGAGACAGAGAAGGAGUGGGACACGGAAUGAUCUGACAAGGUUACUUCCAACGACCGAAACGUUUAUUUGUAAUCUGGAUUAAAUAAAUUGAUAAGUUAGCGUAGACGAGGCGAUUAGAAUAAUGCGGGAUUGUACGUGUAACGUCUAAAUGGAUAAACAACGAAAGAAUGCAUUUUUGGCUAGCGAUGCGCCUAGGGAACAUCGAGGUUUAUGAAAUAACAAUCUUCCUGGUGAAAUCACCAAAGCGUCAGCCUUGCAUCUUGCUCGUGCGUGCGGUCGGUAUUGUUAAAAACAAGCAAUAUUCAGUGGGCGACCAGAGUAGCGUAUACGCUCGAGAAGAUACAAAUUUUAUCAUUCAACUAUCGCACUUUCCUCGCCCUUCUCAGUGAUGAAUUCAUUCAGGUGAUCGACGUCCGCCUAAACAAACCAUAAAUCGGAUACGAGAAUACACAGGUGACGGACGAGAGGCUCGGCGGAGGUUUUCGCUCCAUUUAGAUCGGAGGCGACUGAACGACGAGAGUGAAACAAUCGGAGGGAAUCCAGGCAGUACUUACUCACGUUGCAUCUAUGUUGAUGCCUAAAAUUCGUAUCGUCGACGUGUAGUGCACGAUUGUACAUUGUCACAGAGAUCUUUUAACAGCCAUCGAAAUCGUUAGCCUCGAACAAACGUUUUUAAACCGACGUGAAGAUGAUUCCUGAUAACCGUGUUACGUCUGCGUUUCGUCUGGGUCUUUAACGAUCGCAGAAACGCGCGCGUUAUCACCAGAGAUGAUGGUGUCCACGAAACGUUUCAAACGAUGCUUCGAAUGAAAUCCGAAUACGGAAUAUUAGGGACGUACGAUUAGAGUGAAUGGAAUCACGAUGGCCCGUAAACGUAAAAACGAUAUGAAAUCAUCCGUUAAGUCGACUGUUAAGUAUGUACCUGUUCGAAAAUCUAGUAGACAAAUAGCCAAAAAGCAGUUGGAAGAGAAGAAGGUGAAUGGCGAUGUUUUACAAAUAUCAUCGUAUCCGGGGGAGGCGGAGGAUGGUAGGAGUAACUCAGAAUACCAAAACCAGCCGGUUCCCAAGAAGAAUCAGCAUUCAUCUAGGAAACAUAACAAACACAAGAAUGUUUCUAAUAGUAUUAUUGUAAAUAACGAAGAGUGUUCAUAUUCGAUGACGUCCGAGUACAAGAAGGAUCCUAGCGAGAGCGAUAGUCAAGACGGUAUAGAUGGUAAAUCGAAUAAGGCUGUUCCCGAGGUUGUUCCGCAAGUAGUCAAGCAUUUCAUCGGUAGUACAAACAAGGGGGAAUCCGAGGAGGUCGAGGUAUGGCCAGGAGACGUAAUAGAGGAGACCGUAAUAUGCGAGGAGGUGGACGACAAGCAGUUUAAAGAUCAUAGUUACGCGUCCAAAGAUGAGGACGACGACGACGACGACGAAGACGACGUAGUAGUAAAGGAAAUAGAGUUCUCUAAUAGUCCUUUAAAAAUGAAAAAUUUAGUAGAUUAUUCUGUGAUACAAAACGAGGUUGGCAUGGAGUCGGAUUCGAGGGACGCGCCCGACGACGAAUGUAGUUCGCAUAAAACGAAGAUCGACAAUUCCGUGUCAGCUUUGCGUAGAGAUGUGCCAAUCGCUUCCGACGAUGUAGGUGAAAAUAUUUUAGGAAAUUUUAAUCAUAGCGAGAACGAAAUCAACGGUCGGAAAAGUUCGGAUAAAGAUCGGUACACGAAUACGACUUCGAAGGACGAUGUGUUUAAUAAGAUAAACGACGAAUUAGCGGAUAUGCAAAUGAGUCAGCCGUCGAAGGAGAUACAGAAUUUAGUGAAUGAUUUAUCGAACAUGGAGAGCGUAAUGUCGCCGUUACAAAUUGCCUGUAACACGGAGAAAGUGAUACCACCCAUAAGCGUCGACGACGAGAGUAGCUGUUCGAUAUUAGAUAAAAUGGAGCAGCUGCAUCAGACGAACAGUUCCUCUUUAACGGAAUCGAGCAAAUCAGACUGUAGUACCAAAUCAAACGUUUCGUCGGAUAAGAAGAAUAGAAAAAUAGCGAACGAGGACUCGUACGGUGACAACGAAGUGGAUAGUAAGAACGACCCGGAGGAUACGAAAGUCUGUAGUAGCAGCGAAAACAGUAACGACAUGUUUCCGUCUAUAAACAAUUGUAAAAUAACAGAAUUUGAUACAAAGUCUAACAACAUCAGUUCCAGCGACGUUGAGAAGAAGGUUGAGUUCAGAAGUAGAAGCGGUAGUACAGACACGACGGGUUCGGAGAGCGGUUCGAACAGUUCCGGAGUGAGGAGAAGCAGUAGAAUUAGAUCGAUUGGAUUAAUGAAGCAAAGAUCUCGUGGACGUGGUUUAGUUAUGAAACCUAAUCUAGAUAUAUUGAAAUCGACUGCCCAGCAAGAACGAGAAAAAGCUAACAACGCUGCCCCAAUUGCUCAAGAAGUAAAAGCAGAAAAUCCACCGGACAGUGGUGGACAACAAUCGGACAAAGAGAGUAACGUUAAGACGGCCAACGCUUUUGACCUCUCGUCGUAUUGCGCCGGUUGCACUGGCUACGACUCGGAUUCCUCGAAACCGGUCAAAGUGAAGUCUCGUUGGAGAAGAUCGAGCGAACUGGAGAUGGGUAGCGCGGCAAGUAUCGAAGCCUCUAUCGGAUGCAUAAUCGCAGCUGCAGCUAAAAUGACAUCGACCGUACCACUGUCUGCCAUGCUCAAAUCCUCGACCAGCCUCGCAGCAGACGUUCAUUCCUCCGAUUCUACGUCUGCAUCGUUGUCGAACAAUUGCCAGGACACGGAACAGGCGAAGGAAACGUCGUUACCCUCGAACAACGAGUGCACCGUACAAAUUCCAAAAACUGUAGGAGCUAGAAUAUCGCUGCCCAUGGUUCUCGAGUUGAAAGAUAGAGAAAUGGAGGAGAGACUGAGCCAGUUCGAGUUAUUGCGCGAGAAUCUGUAUUUAACAGAGAGGUACACGAAUAAGGAGACCAAACGGAUGGUGUGCGAUUGCUUUUUAACGGAGGAGGAGAUCGAGAGAGGAGAACUUGGCUGCGGGGAGGAUUGUCUGAACAGGCUUCUCAUGAUCGAGUGCGGACCGCGUUGCGUGGUAGGCGAUCGUUGUACAAACAAGAGAUUUCAAAAUUGCGAGUACGCGAAGUGCGAGGUGUUCAGGACUGAGAAAAAGGGGUUCGGCUUACGAGCCACGGUCGACAUGGACGCGGGCGAAUUUAUAAUGGAGUACGUGGGCGAAGUGGUCGAUCCGAAAGACUUCCGGCGUAGGGCGAAGGAAUACUCGAAGGAUAAAAAUAAGCACUACUAUUUCAUGGCAUUGAAGAACGAUCAGAUCAUCGACGCCACGAUGAAGGGAAACAUUUCGCGAUUCAUUAAUCACAGCUGCGACCCUAAUUCCGAGACGCAGAAAUGGACGGUGAACGGUGAAUUGAGGAUAGGCUUCUUUAAUAAGAAAUUCAUAACCGCUGGAGAGGAGAUAACGUUCGACUAUCAUUUCCAACGAUACGGCAAAGAGGCACAAAGAUGUUUUUGCGAAGCGCUCAAUUGCCGCGGUUGGAUCGGCGAGACCCCGGAGGAGGAAAUGGAAAAGAUCGAGAAGAAGGAGAAACGCGAGAAGGAAGAAGAAAGUAAGCCUCAGAACGAGAAGAAGCAACAGGCUGAUUACAUGGAAGACGAAGAUCUAGAGGAGGAAAUAAACAAGUUGUGUUCGGCUGGUUUGAAGAACAGAGCUCAUACGUUAACUUUGAGCAGAUUGAUGGUUCGUAGCAGGGAGUUAGAGCACAGGACGCGUCUUCUGCGUCUCAUACAAAGCGGAGAGCAACCCUGUCGACGAUUGUUCUUAGAUUAUCAUGGUUUACGACUGAUUUGGAGCUACGUUAUGGAUAUAUCUAAGGACGAUUCCGAAGAGGCUCGACAGUUUCGAUUAGAAGUUCUGAAGACUCUGUACAAGCUUCCGAUUCCGAACAAAACGAUGCUGAUGGACAGCAAAAUUUACAACGUGGUACAAAAGUGGUCCAGGCAGUCGUACUUCGCUCCCAGCGAGGAAUCGCCCGAAGAUGAUCAAGGAAAAUUAAAGCCCAGCACUGACGACAACGAGGACAAAAAAAGCUAUCAAUUAUCUGAUUUAGACAAACGAGAGCUUGACAUCGGUGACGCGAAAUCGGAUGUCCAGAAUCUUAUCCCUGAACUAGCUUCGAGUCUUUUGGCCGAAUGGUCGAAUUUGAAAGAGGUGUUCCGUAUACCCAAGAAAGAACGAAUCGAACAGAUGAAGGAGCACGAAAGAGAAGCAGACCGUGGCUACAGAGAGGAAUUGGAGAAGGAGGACAAGCGGAGCACAUCUUAUGACAGGUACAGAUCCGAUAGAUUCGGGAGAAGCGAGACGGAGAAGCGCGACAGGAGACGGCGAGGAGAUUCUCCGGAAUCCGACCAUUCUCGUUCCAAAGAUAAAAGGGUUGAAGAAAGGAGUAGCUUGGUUCCGAUUCCUCGGAUGACCAAGUACGAGCGCAGACAGUUGUUCGCUAUGAAAGUUGCUAAAGAAGAGGAGGAACGGCAACGUCGUCAGCAGCAAGAAUCGUGGCAAGAUCACGAGAACAGGUGCCUAGCGUUAGGCAUAGAUCCUCAUUCUACCGCUAUGGUAGACCCGCAAACGGGAUAUCCUGUUUUCUACAAUACGUCUAUCGGACAGUGGCAACAGUAUCCCGCGCAAGACGGAGAAAUGACUCAGCAGUGUACUCCGGUGUACGUGAGCGGACAGACUCAGGGUUCGCAUGUAUUGUCGUCGGAGAUUCCGUCGGGCGUACCACCGGUGGUGUAUACGCCGAACCAAACGCCUGUGUUCAAUCAAACGACGCCGGGGUACUCGAUGAUGUCCCAUUGUCAAUAUUCAGAGAGCCAAAUCGCUGGGACAUCGUCGGCCGCGCUUCAGGGCGAGCUCUACGAGCAGGACAAGCAAACAGAGCAACAGUAUAAGCAGCCUGAAAUACCGCCGAUAGAUUUGCCUCCGAAGUGGAAGAGCGCGACUGACGCUAGAGGUAGAAGGUACUAUUAUCACGUUAAAGAGAGGAUACCGCAGUGGUUACCGCCUGCGCCUGACCACAUCGGUGUUCAACCGGAUUCCUCGUCGACCUCGGAAUCCAGCGACGAAUCCAGUUCGUCGAACGACGAGGACGAAGAGAUCGACGAGGAGAGCAACGAAGAACCGAAGUCCGAGGAUAUGAACUCGGACAACAGUUCGGUAGACAAACCUUUGGAGGGUACCAAACGCAACGCGGUUAAAAAGGCUGCCGACAAAAGCUUGGUCGGUGGUUCCACGUUAUUCCCGGAGAACAAGAAGAGAAGGGAGGGACUCGUUCAAGAGAGAAUUAUUAGCCCACGACGAGAAGAGGAUCGCGUGGAUCAUAAAGCGCACAAGGGGAUAAAAGAGAAGCUGCGUCGUCAGAAGGAACGAGCGAAGUUCAAAGAGCACGUUGACAAAGUUCGUAGACAUCGGCGUAGCAGCAAGUCUAAGUCGCACUCGCGUCAUUUGAACAAAUUGCAAUUGUCCUCGGGUGAUUUGUCUACGAUGUCUGAGAGGAAGAUCAAGGACAUGUUCAGGAUAAAUAUGGCUAACGUGAUGGUACAUUUUCUGAAUCCGUACAGAAAAAAUGACUGCAAGCAAGGGAGGAUAACUAAUACGGAAGAUUUCAAACACCUUGCUAGGAAGCUUACGCAUUUUGUACUUGCGAAAGAGUUGAAACACUGUAAAAGCGUGGACGAGCUGCAGUGUAACGAGAACGUUAAACACAAGGCUAAAGACUUCGUGCGAAAGUACAUGAGCAAGUUCGGUGCGGUUUAUCAGAAAGGUACAGACGAGGAUUGAUUCCGUAGCUAAUCAACGGUAUGAAUAAAUCGAAUUGUUAUUUAUUACAUGAAUCUUUCAAUUUGAAAUAUUGUAAUAUAUCCGCUAGAGAAGUAUAUCGAAAUUCCUGUAUGUAGAUACGUCUGUAAUUACUUAUUAUUGAUUGUAAUAUAGGUCAAUUUGUACAUGCUUCAUACACAUUCUGGUAUAACUAAAUUUCUAACCGAGUAUAUAUACAUUUAUUGUAAAAACGUUGUAUUUUCAUUUAGCACAGAAUAAUAUGUAUGUUAAAUCUUUUAAAAAUGAGAACGCAUUUUACGCCCUUGCAAUAACGUCAUCUCGCGUAUUAUAAUUAGUUAUUCAUCUAAUGAUGUCAAAUUGUAACUUUCUUGUUGAAAUUAAUAUCGGAGAAGAUUCAAACGUUGUACAUACUUGGACAUUGUAAGAGGUUUUUUAACUGUUUCAUAAGACUAAGUUCCGAUUAUCAUUUUAAUGUAAAUAAAGAGCAAGUGAAAUAAAAAAUAAUACAUUUUGCAUUUA